AUGUCGAAAGAUCCGGAAAAAACAACCCGCGAGGAGAUUGAACAUGAGCUUCACAUCGAGGUCGUGCCUGGCACUGAGGUCAUGGCCGAUGUGUUGAAGCAUCAUCUCAUCAAGAGCGAACACUCGACGGUGGUUCUUGUCCCUCAACCAUCCCAGGACCCGCACGACCCUUUGAAUUGGAAAGCAUCAUGGAAGUGGUCUACAUUGGGCGCGGUCUCUCUAAUGACCUUCUCGCAAGGCUUUGCUCCAUUGUCUCUUGCGUCCAUGUUUCCAUACCUUAUUCGAGACUACAACAGCAACCUAGAAGACGUCAUUCAGUUUACGGGAGUGACCAUUCUGCUGCUUGGAUUCAGCAAUUUUAUAUGGGCUCCGAUUUCGUCCUCAUUUGGUCGACGCCCAGUCUUUAUUGUUUCUCAAUUAGUCUGUCUUGCGUCUCAUGUUCUUCGAGCGAAAGCCACAACAUACGGCUCUUUCAUGGGUGCUUGCGUACUUAACGGUAUCGGCGCCGGUCCCUCAGAGACUCUGCAACCGCAAGUCAUCGCCGAUAUUUACUUCCUACACGACCGUGGCCGCUGGAAUACACUAUACUGGGUCGUUUAUAUGGGAUCUUUGAUGAUUGCGCCGGUUAUUGCGGGCCCGAUGGCGGAUCAUGUUGGAUGGCAGAACUUUUGGUGGCUCAACGUUGCGCUGACAGGUGCCUCCAUUGUCUACGCCUUCUUUGGCUUCCCAGAGACAAGAUGGAUUCGUUCUCAGCCAACUCAAGACGCUGUCACAAUCGAAGUUGCCGACGAGACAUUGAACCCCACUCGGACUGCGGACAUGGACCCGUACCUUGGCAAGGGAACCCCCUCUAAGCAGCAGUGGUACCUGUUCCAACGCAACUCUUCGCCCCUUAAGACCAUCUGGUUCGACCUCUGGACUCCCUGGAAGCUUUUUGGAUUCCCCAUUGUGGUAUUUGCGUCGUUUGUUGUGAGCUGGAGUUGUAGCAACUUCCUCAUUCUAAACCUCACGCAGUCUCAAGUCUUCGCAGCACCCCCUUAUAAUAUGAGCUCGCAGUCUAUCGGCUUUACCAAUCUGGCAGUUCUUGUUGGUGCGCUGAUUGGACUCGUCACCGCUGGCCCCUUUAGCGAUUGGGUAUCCGCCCGCGCGACUGCUCGAAACAACGGCAUCCGCGAGCCUGAGAUGCGUCUCCCUGCUAUGAUUCCAUUCGUGAUCAUCAUGAUAUUUGGUAAUAUUAUCACCGCUAUUGGAUAUCAGAACCACUGGUCCUGGCCUAUCAUCGUAGUCCUCGGUUACGCCAGCGCAGGCAUCCAGGUUGCUGCUUUACCCAGUAUCGCCAGCACCUACGCCAUCGACUGCUACAAGCCAGUGACUGGUCCUCUCAUGGUUGCUAUCACGGUGAACAAGAACGUGUGGGGAUACGGCAUGGGUAAAUUCAUUACCCCUUGGACAAUACAGGCAGGGUUCAUACCGGCUUUCAUGACUAACAUGGCGCUGACCGUCUUUUUCUGUGCUUGCGGGACGAUAUUUUACUUCUAUGGCAAGACAUUCCGUAGGUGGACUAGGAACAGCACCGUCCACAACUUGUAG